CUUGAUGUGUGCGCGCGUAAUAAAUCUACAUGCAGUCUGAGACCUUCAGUCAAGGUUGACCUGAUAAAAACUCUCAAAUAAGCACUGAACCCUCAAACUACGAGGAAAACAGUGCAGUUGUACGUGAUUUAACUAACGAAACACCGAGGAAAGCGGCACGUUUACAAGGGAGGGAACGUCUAAUCGGAGCAUUUGUUCAUCACGGAAAACUUAAAGUGCUGCACACUAACAGAAUUUCAGAAAUGAACAAAUGAAUUCAGCCCCACGGGUGUGACCCAAGAGCACGCGCCGAGGGAUCAGAGCUGCUUCAUAAGCUGCUUUUGGGUUCAUAACAAGGCAUUGUUGGAAUUGGGACUGUUGUUUAUUUACUUCAUUUCAUGGGAUGAAGAUGAUGAUGGUGAACAUUGUGAAAAGAUCUCUGAUGAAGAUCCACAACCUGUCGCGCGCAUCUCGGUGUCAGCUUGCUAUCGGCGGUGUGCGUGGGCUGUCUUCAGUGUCUGCGAGAGUGUGUGUGGUGGGUGGAGGACCUGCAGGCUUUUACACGGCACAGCAGCUACUGAAGGCUCGACAGGAUGCAGUCGUAGACAUUUAUGAGCGUCUGCCGGUGCCGUUUGGAUUGGUGCGCUUUGGGGUCGCACCUGAUCACCCUGAGGUCAAGAAUGUCAUUAACACUUUUACCCAGACGGCCCACCAUGCAAGAUGCAGUUUCCAUGGUAACGUGAAUGUGGGGAAAGAUGUGACCAUUGAGGAGUUAAGACAAGCGUAUCAUGCUGUAGUUCUGAGUUACGGAGCUGAGGGAAACCGUUCGAUGGGAAUUCCAGGAGAAGAUCUGAGCAAUGUGUUUUCAGCUAAAGACUUUGUUGGAUGGUACAACGGGGUUCCCAGCAAUACGGAGCUGUGUCCUGAUCUCAGCUGUGAGACGGCUGUGGUUCUCGGACAGGGAAAUGUGGCUCUGGAUGUGGCCCGAAUACUCCUCUCGCCUGUAGACAUGCUGAAGGAAACAGAUAUUACCCAGAAUGCUCUGGAAGCAUUGACGGGCAGUAAUGUGCGCAGGGUUUUGAUCGUAGGUCGCAGAGGUCCUCUUCAGAUUGCGUGCACAAUCAAGGAACUCAGAGAGAUGGUGAAUCUGUUAAACACAAGAGCCGACAUGAUGCCCGCUGACUUUGAGGGCAUCGCAGAAGCUUUGAAAGAGCUUCCGAGACCUAGAAAGAGACUGACGGAUUUAAUGAUGAAGGCCGUGAAGGAAGGAGGAGAUAAAAAACUUGAGAAGUCCUGGGGUUUUCGCUUCCUUCGCAGUCCUGUGGAGGUUCUGGCAGGGGCUGAUGGGAAAAGAGCUGCAGGAAUCCGACUGGCCCUUAAUAAGCUGGAGGGUGAGGGUGAGGGCGCGCGGUCAGUGCCCACCGGUCAGCUUGAGGAUGUGGACUGUGGCCUGAUCAUCAGCAGUAUUGGUUAUAAAAGCCUACCCAUCGAACCCACUGUGCCCUUUGACCCCCGAAAAGCCAUCGUGCCCAAUGACAUGGGAAGAGUGCAGGGUGCUGAAGGUCUGUACUGCAGUGGCUGGGUAAAGCGAGGGCCCACCGGUGUGAUCGCCACCACCAUGAAUGACAGUUUUGAUACGGCGCGUGUUAUAAUUCAGGAUAUGGAGACUGGAAAGCUGGAUAUUUCAGUCAAUAAACCCGGAGCAGAGGCCAUAACUGGACUUCUGCAGACACGGGGAGUGAGAACGGUGCUUUUUUCACAGUGGGAGAAGAUUAAUGCAGAGGAGGAGAGGAGAGGAAAAGCGCUGGGAAAACCCAGAGAAAAACUCCUGGAUGUAGAGGAAAUGCUGAAGAUUGCCUGGUCCUGAGAUCCACCCGCCUGAAACACUCCCAGAGUACAACAAUACACGAUCUGCUGACGUCAUUACAAAAAAACUGGGUUAGCUUUGAACCAUUUUCUCAUCUCUGGAUUUUCUCUCUCACGUGUUGUUUUUAUAGCCUGUUUGACGCAUUUAUUUGACCCCAAAGAAAUUAGAUGAUAUCUUACAGAGUGUGUGUGAUUGUUGUUAAACAAAUGCAUAUGGAAAUAAUCAUGAUUGACCAAAUAUUUUAGUGCAAAGAGAAAGUUCACCCAAAACUGAAAAAUCCCUUACUAUUUAUUCACUUUAAACUUUAUCAGUUUCUUUUCUUCUUUUGAACAGAAGAAACUUAAAUAGUUUUGGAACAAGUGGAGGAUUAGGAAAUGUUUUUGGGUGAACUAUAGCCCUUUAUCACUGGGAAAGCAACACCCAAAUGACAAACAAACACUGCAAAAAAAUAUAUAAUAAUUAUAUAUAUAUAUAUAUAUAUAUAUAUACACGUCCAUUUGAGCGUUCUUAAACAGCACUGAUUUGCCAUUGCGCUCAACAGAAAUGACUGUGAUUGGCCCUGAAGGUCAUCAGUUCACCAAACUCACCACUGUUUACUUAGUGUGACCACAGAUACAGGGACACUGGAGCGAUUUAAAGCCAUGAUUCAUCAGCAGAUCGCUCAUAUGUCAGCUUAUAGACAAACCAGCUGAUCGACGUGACUUUGAAGCUCUUCAGUAUCCCUGUAUCUGUGUUUGCAUUCAGUAAACAGCGGUGAGUUCAGUGAACUGAUGACCUUCAGAGCCAAUCACAGUCAUUUCUGUUGAGCAUGUAAACACAAUGACAAAUCAGCGCUGUUUAAAAACGAGCUCAACAGCGAUUAAAUGUUCACGUUUUUAACAUUUCAGUACCGAUUGGUAUUGAAUUUCAAUAUCGAGACAACCCUAAUAUAUUUGAGCGUUCUUAAACAGCACUGAUUUGCCAUAGUGCUCAACAGAAACUAAGUAAACAGUGGUGAGUUUGGUGAACUGAUGACCUUCAGGGCCAAUAUAUAUAUAUAUAAAUAUGUGUAUGUAUGUGUGUGUAUGUCUGACAUUCGGGUGUUGCUUUCCCAGUGAUAAAGGGCUAUAGUUUCCUAAUCCUCCACUUGUUCCAAAACUAUUUAAGUUUCUUCUGUUGAACACAAAAGAAGAUAUUUUGAAGAAUGUUGCAAAGCAUCCACAGUAUUUUAGUUCCUCUUAUGUUUUAUUUCCAGCACUAUUUCCAAAUAUCUUCUUUUGUGUUGACGAGAAGAAAAGAAACUGAUAAGAUUAAAGUGAGUAAAUAG